GUUUUCAGCUACAUUCUUCUAUGCACAGGCGCGCCUUACACGCUGGACUACCGUGUUCGCGGUAGUUGAUAGGAGACGCUGUGUGCUUCGAAAGAAGUUACUCUCAUGAUCGUCGUCGGACGUUUUCAAGUAAUAUGAACAAGGCCUGUGCACUAGGGUUCGUAUUCUGUUCAAUCACUUCACCGCCACUGUUACCCUUGUCGGGCCCUCGAGGCUGCUGUACGUAUGCCAUGAUAUUUAAGCCAGCCGAGACAUCCCCAGACACCCCAGAUUCUCAAACGGCAUUCUCAUAGAGACCUACAUUGUCAAUCAAUUCAGUGCCACAGACCAACCUACGAAAUCUUCAUCUACAACUUUCUAAGUUCUAAUCAUGGGCGGGGGACACUCACGCCACGAGCCAGACUGGGGAGCAAUCCGUGCACAACAAGAAGCUGAAGCUCGCGCUCGCGCCGCAGCUGAGGCUGCUCGUCAAGAAGCAGAACGUGCCGCUCAGGCAGCCCGUGCAGAGGCCGAACGGCUCAUGCGCGAGGCGGAAGAAGCACGAAGGCGCUUUGAGGCACAACAAGCAGAGGCAGCUAGAAGAGCGCAAGCUGCUUAUGAAGAGGUCCAACGACAGCGCCGCGAGAGAGAGCAAGCCGAGCAAGCAGCACGUGCUGCUCGCGAGGCCGCAGAAGCAUGGGCUCGCGAAGAAAGAGAGCGUGCCGAACGACUGGCGCGAGAGGCUGAAGAAGAGAGGUGCAGACAACGAGCUGCCCAAGAAGCUGCUAGGCAAGCUGCCAUUGCUGCCCAGCAAGAACAUGAACGGCAACAAAGAGCCAGGGAAGAGGAAAACAGGAGACUCCAGGCCGAGAGGGAAGCAGCUGAGCGCGCCGCACAACGAGCUGCUGAAGAAGCCAGGCAAGCUCAAGCUGCGAGGGAUGAAGCCGAGAAACAAUUGCAAGAUGGCACCCGACCUGUGGUCACGCCUACCCCUGAAGAAUAUUUUGCUUUCAGGGCCAAGAUGCAGCAUACCGAGGGUUUCUUCCAUGUUGCUGUCAGCGGGAUUGCUGGUAGCGGCAAGUCGUCACUGGUAAACGCGUUCCGAGGCAAGCAUAAUAUGGAUCUUGAUGCUGCCGCAGUCGGCGUGAACGAGACCACUCUCGUGGUGGCCAGAUACCCAGACCCAAACCCAUCCAGCCGCUUCGUCUGGUACGAUGUUCCCGGAGCGGGUACCUUAAAAGUCCCCGAUUGGAAAUACUUCAAUGAUCAGGGGCUCUUCGUCUUCGACUGUAUCAUUGUCGUGGUCAACAACCGUUUCACUGCUACUGACGUCGCUAUCCUUUCCAACGCUAGGCGCUUUGGCAUUCCCGCUUUCAUCGUCCGCUCUAAAGCGGAUCAGCACAUCAGGAACCUCAUGAAAGAUAUAGGCUAUAACAGUGACGAUGAAGGCGGAAACAAGGCUAGUUACUUCACGCGGGCGCGUGACCAAUACGUGGCAGAAAGUAUCCGUAGCAUCAGGACUAACCUCCAAGAGGCGAACAUACCUGAUCAACCGGUAUAUCUCGUGUCGAACAUUGCUCUACAAGCAACUGUUACCGGCAAGACACCGAAGAAGAUGAUGGAUGAGGUCAAACUGCUCACAGAUUUGGCGGGCACGGCUCAGCGACACGUUUAGGUGUUAUGAUACGAUUUAGACUUGGUUUGGAUCUGCAUAUGUUUUCUACUUUUUGUCGUAUGAAUCCGUAAUAUACAUGCUCUCAGUCUUU